AGGAGUUGUAGUUUAGGGGACAGAAAAUAAAAAGCCUCACCCUGAGCAGCAGAUCACCUGCGAGGAGAACGAAGACAGGCACCUGGUGUUUACGACACUUCCAUCAGCAAAAGGAUGGCGUACAGAGGCAGCGUUAGACCGUUUGUCAACUUCAAUGCCAAGCAUGACGCUGAAGUCCUUCAUAAAGCCAUGAAAGGAAUUGGAACGGAUGAAGAUACGGUCCUCAUGCUUCUGACAGCACGCAGCAAUAGUCAACGCCAGGAAAUUAAGGCAGCAUACAAAAAGGCCUAUGGAAAGGACUUGGUCAGCACACUGAAAUCAGAGCUCAGCGGACUGUUUGAGAGUCUGAUUGUGGCCUUGAUGACCCCACCCAUCUCUUACGAUGCCUCCCAACUGCACAAUGCUCUCAAGGGUGCCGGGACUAAUGACACAGUGCUGAUUGAGAUCCUGGCCUCCAGGACUGGUGAACAGAUUCAAGAAAUUGCCAAAGUAUACAAGAAAGAGUUUGGCGGCAAGCUGGAGAAAGAUAUCUGCAGCGAUACCUCAGGACACUAUCAGAGGCUACUGGUGAUCCUGCUACAGGGGAGCAGGGAAGAAGAGGUGGAUGAGGCAAAUAUUGAGAAAGAUGCUAAGGACUUGUAUGCUGCUGGCGAGGGCAAGGUUGGCACAGAUGAGGAAAAAUUCAUCAAUAUUCUUGGCAACAGGAGUGUAGAGCAUCUCCGGAAAGUGUUUGAUGUCUACAAGAAGCUGUCGGGCUCUGACAUAGAGGCCAGCAUUAAGGGCGAGACCGCUGGGAAUUUGGAAGACUUAAUGCUGGCUAUUGUGAAAUGUGCCAGGAGCAUCCCAGGUUUUUUUGCUGAAUCCCUGUAUAAAUCAAUGAGGCGUGCUGGAACUGAUGACGACACCCUGAUGAGGAUAAUGGUGUCAAGGAGCGAGGUGGACAUGUUGGACAUCAGGGCCAUCUUCAAGAAGAAAUACGGGGCGUCUCUUUACACCACCAUCCAGGAGGACACAAAUGGAGACUACCAGAAGGCUUUACUCUACCUCUGUGGUGGGAAUGAUUAAUUCUGUUUUAUAUUGUGCUGAGCAGCGCUGAAUGAUGAGCCACUGUUGUCCUGCAGACAAAGCUGCACGUGAGGCUUAUUGAUCCAGACUUGUGGUUUAUAUCUGACUUUAUCUUUAUAUUGAUUGAGUUAAUGUGAAUUGCCUGCUUGUGCAUGAACAGCAGUUGGCGUGCUGUUACUUAGCCUUUUAGUUUUUGUGUAAUGUCAGACAUAAUUUAAACAGCAAAAAGCUCUAACUGUUAUUAAACACUGCAAUAAACAGUGUUUAAAAAAUGUGUAGUUUUGAGUUUAACAUACAGAUUAAUGUUAUUUAAGCUUGAAGUGAAAUAUUGGAUUCAUUUGAUAUAAAUGCUUUUGCUUCAGUCGUGUGGCCGACUUGGAACUUGUGCUCACAGCAUGUGUUAAAUGCACUUGGAAAAUACAAUACUGCUGUUGAAUUAUUAAACUCUACGUGUCGA